AAUCCUAACGGGAAGGUCUUUUUGUUUGGGCCGCCGAGAGGGUUGACACUGUUAGUUUGAUUCCCCUGGUUAACACCGUUUUUUAUCUGCAUUAAUUUCGGGUGUCUUUUAUGAAUAAUCAAAAGCAGCAAAAGCCAACGCUAACAGGCCAGCGUUUCAAAACGAGGAAAAGAGAUGAAAAGGAGAGAUUUGACCCUUCUCAGUUUCAAGAAAGUAUCGUACAAGGCUUGAAUCAAACUGGCACUGAUUUGGAAGCGGUCGCAAAGUUCCUUGAUGCCUCUGGCGCGAAGCUUGACUACCGCCGUUAUGCAGAGACGCUCUUUGACAUCCUGGUGGCCGGCGGCAUGCUGGCCCCAGGCGGGACUCUUUCCGACGACAUGACCCGCACCGAGUUCUGCCUCUUCACGGCACAAGAAGACCUGGAGACAAUGCAAGCAUACGCUCAG